UAAAAUUUAUUUUGUAAGACGGAAAGAAUUUAGACAACCUUCACAACAAGUUGGUAGUGAUGAAUCAGUGGUAUUUUACCAAAGAUGAAUUACAAGAUACACCAACCAUUUUGGACGGUAGAACAUUUGAAGAAGAGCAGAUAGAUCGUAUCAAAGGUUGUCAUUAUCUACUUUCUGUUGGUGCUAAACUUAACCUUCCUCAAUUAGUUGUUGUUACCGCUACUACCUAUUUUCAUCGAUUCUUUAUGCGGCAAUCAAUGGCUCGAUUUCAUGUUUAUGAUAUUGCAGCAACUUGUUUAUUCGUUGCUACGAAAGUUGAAGAAUGUACGCGACGACUCAAGGAUAUUAUUAUUGCAUGUGCUCAAAAAGGUCAAAAGAAUGAUAAAUUAAAAUUAGAAGAAGAUAGCAAGGACUUUAUUCGAUGGAAAGAAACUUUAUUGUUUAAUGAGAUUAUUGUAUUAGAAACUCUUUGUUUUGAUUUUACAGUUGAGCAUCCUCAUUUACAUUUAUUUGAGUUAGAGUCAGAAUUACAGGUAUCACCGUCAUCAAUACGUAAAGCAUGGAUGUUAUUGUAUCAAAGCCUCGGUGCACCCUUAUGUUUAUUAUAUAAGCCUAGAAUUGUAGCUGCUGCUGCUUUGUUAUUAGCAACGAAUUUAUCAAACUCAGAUAAGCUAAAUGAAAAUUGGUUUGAAAAUCUAAAAGAUAUAAAUGUUGGACAAGUAUAUGAAUUAGCUGUAGAAAUGUUAGAACAUUAUAGGGAACAUUAUUUAGUAAAAAGUAGUAGUAGUUCUUCUCAGCUAAAUUCACCACAUCCUUCUCAAAUUCAUCAUACUACAAAUGGUUACUAGAUGCGUCUAUCUUUCUUUCUUUUUUUUUUUAAAAAAAAAGAGGAAAAAAUGUAAUAUAUAUACAAACACAUACACACUAUCUCUCUCUUCAUUACUAUUAGUAUAAUUAUUUUUCUUUUUUUUUUGGCGAAUAAAAACAAAUGAAACUUUUGGCAGUC